GCGCUUCUAUAGUACUAUCUAUUCAUCGUCAUUCAAUCGUACGUAUUUCACGCUCACGGUACGCACCACGCCGCCACGCACACGCACUGACAGAUCGCGAUCUUUGCAGGAACCGCGGGCUCUAGACGACCGUCAUUCAGUCCGGUUCGGUUACCAGCGCGACCACGGGCACACAUCCGUAGACGGCGCAACAAUCAGCAGCUGCAGUAGGCAUCACGUCGUAACAACAGCAGCAGCAGCAGCAACAGCAACAACAAUAAUAUUGUUAUCAGCAUCGUCGCACGCGCUCUCUCGCCGCUUAUCUCUUCGCGCGCUCAUCGACUGAUCCGCGUCGGUCGUCACGUCCCGUCGUCGGCAAGUACGUUAUUUUCGAUUGUCGCGCGUAAUAAUAUCAUAGGUACCAACAAUAUAUAACCACUUGCAUCGCCAUCACGCGGUCAGUCGUUUCCGCGUCGGCGUCGAUCGCGUUCAAACGAAUAACGAUAAUAAUAUUGUUUUUCUAAGUUUUUUUUCGUUUGGCCCUCUCCGUUUAUCGUACGCAGCAUCACAGCCGUCGACGUCUGGACAAUAUUUAGUGGCCGUCUUCUUCAGCGCCGGACUUGUUACACUAGCCAGACGGGCGCCGGGUACGUCGAACCCGGAAAUACCGGCACGACCAGCUAUCGUCCAACUAUAAUAAUAAUAUUGUUAUUAUUAUACAACACGAUAACAUUAUAGUCACACGUACAGCUGAUUGUGUUUGCGGUUUAGCGACAACCGGCUACGCUGCACCAGAGCUUCACAAUCUUCGGCCGGUGGUCGGCAUCGACGGUUGGAUUUAUCGCCGACAUGCCACUGAUGGUGCCAGUCGCGGAACUAUUCGUCUUAAUAGGCGUAGCAGCGCUGGUGACUUUGACGCAAUCCGCCGCGGUCGUCGGCAACGACAAACAACAACUCCUGGUAGACGCUGAAGAGCUGUCCGAAGCCGCGUACGGGCGCUGCGAUGACGGCCGCGUGAUCAAUUGCCGAACGCUGCCACUGUUCAACUACACUGAUUUGACACCACCGCCUGUUGGACCCGAAGCCGCCUCUGACAUACUACAAGAUGUUAAUUGCCCGUACAAAAACUUGGAACGACAUUUUCGGUGCGUGGACGCGUUUACCCGCCGGUGCAUGACGCCUGAUCAGCGGGGAGCCUUUUACUCGCUGUACACCGUUCCGACGAUGGACAUGCAAGAGCUGUGCACCGAGGGUAGCCCUUAUAGGGAGGAAUACUUGAAACACGCCGCUUGCUUGCGCACUGUGCAUACCGAGUACGUGCAGUGUGGACGUCGACAUCAGACUGAGUUGUCCUCCCUAAUGGUGGAUCAGGAGCAGCAUACCGGAAGUGAUGGAAGUGUGGCUUCGACCACGUUACCAAUCACGGACGCUGAACAUAUAACACAGAACCUGGCCCGCCUGUGUGGAUCAUUUAGAGGACAUUUACAGUGUGUGCAUGGCAUUGUCCGGGCCACUUGCGGCCAGCAGACCGAAGAGUUCGCCAGUCAAUUCCUUAGUCAAAUGGCAUCUUCGCUUUUGAACAUCUGUGACAAGUACGGUAACGUGUCUCGGUCUCCGUCCUCCAGUGCCGCCCGGACGACCGGAACCACGAUCACGGGGUUGGUCGUUUUACAAACAGCGAUCGUUAUGGUAGUUUCGUUCCGGCAAUGGUGAUGAAUUCUGGCAGCCAUCAAACAUCCACUACGGUAGAGCGAUGUUCAUUUUAAGCAAAAACAUAAAACGCCACCGGUUUCGUCAUUAUAUUUUACUGACCGCACACCUCCUCGCCAUAAUUUUAUACCUACCAUGAUUAUUCUUGCCUACUCUAGAUCAUAACUUUAUAGAUUAUUAUUAUAAUUAUUAUUACUAUUAAACUAUUUUCACUAUAUUAUGUUUAUUAGGUAUUAAUUUAUUAUCGUUACUAUUACUGCUAUAAUGUCUAUAUGUCAUACUGUGUAUAAUAUGAAUUGUAUUGUGAUGUGUAUUAUUUUGGGAGUGUUGAUUAUUAUUUAACAUUAUUUUUAGGCAUAUUAUAGUUUGUUUUGUUUGUUUGUAUACGCGCGAUAUUGCAUUGCGGCAGUUUUAUUAAAAAAAUCUAGUGAACAAAAUGUAAUUUUUAUUUUGCUUGGUUAAUACUGGUGAUAUAUAAUAUCGAUCCGUGUCAUCAUACCUACACAAGUCGUACCUGUAAUAUGUUAAGGGAAUCGUAAAUAUUAUUCAAAUAAAAACGUCAAAUACAUCA